CUCAACGACUGCUCAAAACAACAUGCAACCCUUCCUCGACCUCGUGGGGCACCUUGAGGGCCGCGACAAGCUCACCAAGCUAUGCCAGUACUCGAGCCGCGGGCUCGCCUUCGUCAUCCUCACCGCUGAUCCGAAGAGCGUGCUGGGCCAGCGACUCUCAGCGCUAUACAAGGCGACGCAGGCGGCGCGCAAGUGCUUUCGGAUUGGCAAGUCGAUCAUGUACUUUCCAAAGAUUGAUGCCACGCUGAACAACAAGGUGUUGUCGACAAGGAGUCAGGUGCUAUCCAUCGUCCAAGACGUUGGGAUGGGCAGCUUCUUUUUGUUCGACAACAUGCAAUUCUUUGCCAAUGCCAAGAUAUUCCCAUUCGACGCCGUGCAAGCCGGAAAGCAGGGCGGGUAUCUGUGGUUCUGUGCCAACAUCGCUGGAUUCAUCCUGGCCUACGAAGCACUUCAAAAGGAAGCGGACAAGGAAGUAGCGUUGAUCCAAGCGAAUAUUACGGGGGACAUUCAACCACAAAUCGAUGCCUUGCGUGAGGUGCGAUCGAAGAAGGCGCUCGCCCUACUCAAAGUGACAUGCGACUUGGUUGUGUCGGCCAACACAGCGGGCGUUCGUAUCCCGGAGCGUCUCUUGGGCAAGAAGCUCAACGACGGCAUCAUUGGCGUCCUCGGCUGCAUUUCUGCGUCCGUGUUCCUGCAUUCCCUCUGGCAAGCUCAGUCGCUUCAACGAGGACCGAAGAACAAACAAGUCCUAAAGUCCUAAAUAGAGUGACCUGUCAUACUUAAUA